AUGGCGCUAUCGCAGCGGGACCGGACACCGUUGACGACAGUAACGCUGGAGGGGUUCAAGAUCCAGGAGAUGAACGUCAAGUACGUGGAACGCAACCAAGGGGAAUUUACCGUCAACCAGCGCGAGACCUUCUGGUCCCAGGACGGGCAGUUCUUCUUGUAUUGGGAUGUGUCUGAGUCCCGGUGGAAGGGGACACGUGCACAGGAUUUUGCAAAGGUCAGAGUUGGCGGGAAGUCGGCCUUCAUUAGUGCGCCACUCGACAACGACAUCUUGUUCCCUUCGAGUCUCACUGGCUGGAUGGAGUUCGAUGGAAAGGAGUGGGUCCGUCGGAAGAAUGCUGGCAUAGUUGCCAUCGGCACCUUCGCGGCGGCUUUGAGGACGGUCUGGCUGCAUGGCUUUGAUCGGGCCGCCCUGAACACGAGCUUCACCGAGUGCCGCCUGUUCCGCCAGACGGUCGGCGAUCGCGAGACGUAUUGGACUGCAGACAAGCAGUACUUUUUGUUCUGGGACCCCAGCGAGUCCAGGUGGAAGGCCUCCGUCGGCGGGGACCUGCGGAAGAUCCAGGGGGGCGCCAGGUCCGGCCUGCUGGGGGCGCCGCUGGGGGCCGACCUGCAGGCCCCGGAGAUGGCGCGCGGCUGGCACGAGUGGGUGGAGCGCCCUGCCAGGGCCAGGCUCGGCCCGGAGCGCUCGAACGACAGACGCCAGGCUCCGGUGCUCCACCUCACGGAGCUGAAGGACAUGACGGAGAGGACCAACGGCGCGAUGAAGUACCUGGCGAGGCACUCCGUAGUCGGCCGCGCGUCCAUCAAGCGCCUGCUGAACCCCUCGGCCCUCUUCGAGACGGACGCCACGCAGCAGCGGGUGAACUACUUGAGGGCGGAGACAGAGGUGCUUCAGGAUACCGGCCGCGAGACGGGCUCGCCAGAGCUGGCCCAGUAUUGGGGGGACCUUGCUGCGGUCGCGCAGAGGAUCGACGAGCCGAGGAUGAGCAACGUCAGCGUGAAGGAGGUCUCGGCCGCCUCGCACUGGCAGCUCGCGGCGCUGUGGUACAAGCUCCGGGUGGCAGUGCACGCACACCGUUCGGAGGCUCAAGUGGCUGACGCAGUGAACUCGUGGAUCCAGAAGGAGCAGGAGCAGGGCCGGAUGCACAAGGCAGCCGGAGACGCUCUGGAGACGCUGCCGCAGCCGCUGUUGAACCAGAUCAAGCGGCUCAAAGGUCCUCUCGGUCCGCAGCUUGACAUGAGGUUCUACGAGCCGUUCUUGACCUUGCUCGGGACGAACGAUGCCCAGUCGAGAAAGCAGCUUAUGGAGAGCAUGGCGCUUGAAGAGCUGAAGCUCACACGGACGCGAGCAUCGUUGAAAGCUAUGUUCCAUUGA